UUUCUUUCGUCACUUCUCCCCCUGAUAUUUUUAUUUUAUUUUAGGAAAUAGAAAAAGGUGGGGCAAUCGAGAUCAGGUUUAGCAAUGAGAAAUUAUAAUUAUAAUAAUGAUGAUGAAUUUAGAGCUCCAUUGGAGCUUAAAAUGCGGAAGGAGUGAGAGUGGCUGAACAGUAACGGAGGUGACUUCAACUUGAAUCAACCUCCUAGUCUCCAGUGUCAGGAAAAACUCACCAAAUCUCACUCAACUCCAUAAUCAUGGAUAAUGCCGUUUUGAUGUUGUGGGUGUUGUUUUGUUUGCCCAUCAUGGGUGGAGCCUCCAUUAGUCUUCUCUCUCCCAAGGGGGUUAACUAUGAAGUGGCCGCUUUGAUGGCAAUGAAGAAUAAGAUGAAUGAUGAGUCGAAUGUGCUUGAUGGGUGGGAUAUUAACUCUGUUGAUCCCUGUACUUGGAACAUGGUGGGUUGCACUCCUGAGGGUUUCGUCAUUUCUCUCUCUAUGUCUAGCGUGGGCUUAUCGGGAACCCUUUCUCCCAGUAUUGGGAAUUUGAGUCAUCUCCGUUCAUUGUGGUUACAGAACAAUCAAUUAUCUGGUCCUAUCCCUGUUGAGAUUGGGAAGCUUUCUGCGCUUCAAACUCUCGACCUUUCAGAUAACCAGUUCAUUGGUGAAAUUCCAAGCUCAUUGGGCUUGCUGACUCAUCUAAAUUACUUGCGGCUUAGUAGAAACAAGUUGUCUGGACAGAUCCCUGGGCUUGUUGCAAAUCUUACAGGUCUUUCAUUCUUGGACUUAUCAUUCAACAAUCUCAGUGGUCCCACUCCAAACAUACUGGCAAAAGACUACAGUAUUACAGGGAACAAUUUCCUAUGCACUUCAUCAUCUGCCCAAACGUGCAUGCGUGUUGCAAAACCAAUAAAUGGCACAAGUUCAUCUGAGAAAGUUAGUGGUCAUCAUCGAUGGGUGGUUUCUGUUGCCAUAGGUGUCAGCUGCACAUUUCUGGUUUCUAUGACUCUGCUUGUCUGUUUGGUGCAUUGGUGCAGGUCUCGUCUCCUGUUUACAUCAUAUGUGCAGCAAGAUUAUGAAUUUGAUAUCGGUCAUCUUAAGAGGUUUUCGUUUCGUGAACUACAAAUUGCUACGAGCAAUUUUAGUCCCAAAAACAUCUUAGGACAAGGUGGAUUUGGAGUGGUUUAUAAAGGGUAUCUUCCAAAUAGGACAAUCGUGGCUGUUAAAAGGCUGAAAGAUCCCAAUUUCACUGGAGAAGUGCAAUUUCAAACAGAAGUUGAGAUGAUUGGGUUGGCCCUGCACCGAAACCUCUUACGUUUGUAUGGUUUCUGUAUGACAUCGGAUGAAAGGUUGCUUGUUUAUCCUUAUAUGCCAAAUGGGAGUGUUGCUGAUCGCUUGAGAGACACAGGUCGAGAAAAACCAUCUUUAGAUUGGAACAGACGCAUGCACAUCGCUCUUGGGGCUGCCCGUGGACUGUUAUACUUACAUGAACAAUGUAAUCCAAAAAUAAUUCAUAGGGAUGUAAAAGCAGCAAAUAUUUUGCUUGAUGAAAAUUUUGAGUCUGUAGUUGGGGAUUUUGGCCUUGCCAAGCUGUUAGACAGGAGGGAUUCACAUGUUACCACUGCAGUUCGGGGUACAGUGGGACACAUCGCCCCUGAGUAUCUUUCAACUGGACAGUCCUCGGAGAAAACUGAUGUCUUUGGAUUCGGGAUCUUACUUUUGGAACUCAUAACAGGGCCAAAGGCAUUAGAUGCUAGAAAUGGUCAGGUUCAGAAGGGUAUGAUUCUUGACUGGGUUAGAACUCUGCAGGAGGAGAAGAGGCUUGAAGUGCUGAUAGAUAGGGAUCUGAAGGGAUGCUUCGACACAGAAGAGCUUGAAAAAGCUGUAGGGCUUGCUCAGCUGUGCACUCAACCCCAUCCCAACCUCAGGCCCAAGAUGUCUGAAGUGUUGAAGGUCCUGGAAAGUAUGGUUGGGCAGUCUGGACAUGCGGAGGAGGAAUCACAAGGAGGAGGAGGAACCCUCAAUGGUGAGGGAAGGGCUUGUAGUCUCUCCAGGAAUUACAGUGAAGCCAAUGAGGAAUCUUCAUUCAUCAUUGAAGCAAUAGAGCUGUCUGGACCACGGUGACUGGUAACUAUCAUAUCCUUUUUCCAGAUUCAGCAUUACAUACCAAAAUCUCUUAACUUGUUACUUUGGGACUACAAUAGGGCAGCAACCUCAAACCCAUCUCUAGGUGUGCAACUGGUAUA